AUGAAGUCGCCAUUCUAUAUUCUUGCUGUGCUUCUUCCCCUAGCUACGAACUUAGCCCUUGCAACGCCGGUUGCGGAACCGAGCUCUGAUUCCCUCGAGGAGAGACACAGAGGUAAUGACAAGGGCUACAAAGAUCACCAUGAAUACGAUGACCACCAUAGAUACGGUGACGAGAACGCUUGUGAGGUCAAGUACUCUUACCCCUACUACAAGUAUCCUUGCAACUCAAGCCCCACCAACGGCACGUCUACUCUGGGUGCUACCUUCACCUCCUUUUGCAAGUAUCAGAAUGGCGAUUCUGGAAUCUGGUACAGUGCGCCAAAAGGCUGGGUUAAGGAAGGCGAUAAGCCUCGAAGGUGCGCGGGCGCAUCAAACCCAUGCCCUGUGUGA